UAGAAAGGGCAGGACAAAAGACGACUCUGAGAAACGUGUCAAACCCUAACAAACACUCAAACCAGUAGCAGCCUGCAGACAUCUGACUGUUGACGCAGAGAGAGACUAUCGAACGCCCGCACUGAUCGUCCAAAAUGUUCAGGUUUACACGGAGACAAAUCCUCAGUGCGAGGACUGUCUUGCUGCUUGGAGGUCUUUUCUUGGUUUUCAAAGAGUCUUUGGACCACACAAACCUCAGAAUGGAUGGCAGUUAAAUAUCACCUACCCUGAAUACCACCAAUGUAUUCUCCUGGCAAGGUUGUGAACAAAACAUGACUGCUAACAACAUCCCAAGCUUCAGCUCACUUCCUGGUCAUAUAAAAUACUUUUUAUAUUAUAAACAUUGUAGACAUUUUCCCAUACUACUGGACCUUCCUGGCAAAUGUGGAGGAGCUGAUCAAUCCUCAGGAGUCUUUCUUCUGCUGGUCAUCAAAAGCCCUCCACAUAACCACGACCGCAGAGAGAUACUGUGCAAGACCUGGGCAAAUGAGAGGUUAAAGAACGGUGUGUGGACCAGACGUAUCUUCAUCUCAGGAACAACAGGUUCUGGUUUUGAGAAGAAAAGACUGAACAAAGUUCUCAAGUUGGAGCAAAGUGAGCACAAUGACAUUCUUCAAUGGGACUUCAGUGAUACAUUUUACAACCUCACCUUGAAGCAGAUACUCUUUCUGGAAUGGAUGGAAAGAAAUUGUCCAAAAGUACGUUUCCCAUUCAAUGGUGAUGAUGACGUCUUUGUAAACACAAAUAACAUGGUCAAGUAUCUCCAAGGCCUUGACGACAAUGAUGGAAGCAAGCACCUCUUUACUGGACAUUUGAUCCAGUAUGUUGGGCCAAUUAGAAUACCAUGGAGAAAGUAUUUUAUUCCAGUUCAGGUGCAGGAAUCAGACUCAUAUCCCCCAUACUGUGGUGGUGGGGGCUUCUUUUCAUCUGGUUACACAGCUUUGGUCAUAUACAACAUGUCCAAGUCUACUGCCCUACUUCCCAUUGAUGAUGUUUACAUGGGAAUGUGCCUGGCCAAAGCAGGACUAAGUCCUGUUUCACAUAUCGGUGUAAAGACUGCAGGACUGUAUAUACCCUCCAACAAUAUAGAUAAGUAUGACCCUUGCUUUUUUAGGGAAAUUCUACUGGUUCACAAGUUCAGUAUAGCUGAAAUGUUUCUUAUGUGGCACAGAAUAAAUGACCCCAAACUGAAAUGCUUUGGCUUUGCUAAAUAGUGACUAACAAGUUAUGACAGAGUGUCACUGCUUAGUUCAUUACUGGGUCUUAGAUUGGAGUAUUGUUGCACUAGACUACAUUAUGUUGAAAUGUGUUUGCAGAAUUCUGCCACCUACAUUGACGCAGCAUGUUAAAUUGCUGUGUCGUUAUUUAAUACGAUGAAGUACCAUUGAAAUACUCACUGGUGCCAAAUUAUUUAACAUAUUUGACACAUUUGACUAAAUUACAGAAUAUAACUGUAAUGGUAUGUUGUUAACCAUUCACAGUAAAAUUUUGAUUUUUAAUUGUUUAAUAAAAUGGCGGUUCAUUUCUGAGGUUAAGCACAUAGUCAAAUUAAAAACACAUCUUUUUCUGAUCAAGCAUGAUUAUAUACUGUAUAUAAACACAAUAAAACUUCAAAACAUAACACAGAGUAAAAAUGACAAAAACACACAAAUGGGACACAUAUGUAGGGGAAAAUGAUGGGUAAAUAAAAUGUUAAUUAGAAUAUUAAGCUCAGUUUACUGUAAUGCAAGUUAUUGCUAACCACUCACAACUAAAAUACACACUGAGGGGGGUUCUUCUACAAACUCAUGUAAAAUUCCUUGCAGUAAUGGACAUGACCACCACAAUAAGUAACCAUAGUAGACCCCCCAAACAGGUGUUCGUUUUCAAGAUACCCCUACCCAUGGUAGAACAAAACACAACCACAUCUUUUUACAACUUUAAAAUGUCUAGUUUACGAAAAGGAUGACUGUAUAAAAUAUUUUACCGCAAAAAUCAUUUAAACUGAUUUGUUCUUAACUCAAAAGUAAGUUAUCUGACUUUUCACUUGACCCUCUGCUGUCACCAGCCCCUAACAGGUGUUGAAAGAUCAGAAAGAGUUAUACAAUUGUUGAAUUUGUUUUUACCAUAUAUGUUAUUUUUAUUUUAUUAUCAUUUAAUUAUUUUAUCAUUUAAUUCAUAUGUCAUAUAGUCAUAACUCCUUUUUUUGCUUUUACAUAUCCUGUCAAUCAUGCACACAUCCGCGGUGCCUAUGCAUCUGUGAGGUCAGGAUAAGUGUGCUAUACUUUGAGCAAAACCACAUACGAACUCGUGGGUGUAUAGCGUUUCGGCGAAUCUGCCCGGUUCACGGUCUUCAAGCUAAAACCACAUAUGAACUUGGUAUCACCUGUGGAUGUAUCACGUUUCUGCGAAUAUGCAUUGUUGAGGUUUUACAGAAUCUUGGAAAAAAGAGACAGUUUGGCUAUAAAAAGGCUGUAGAAAAGCUGAUCGAGGUUCUUUUUUGGCUUUUCUAAAGGACUCCACGUCACUCUGACUUUUAAAUUCCCGUUUUGGGACUUAGUCUCUGAGACCAAGAUCUUUUAAAACCUCAAGUGUCUACACUCUCGGGUUUAGACUUUGUUCUUUGCUUUUACUUUUUACAUUUUUACUUUUAUUGUUUUGUAUUUGCAUUUGGAAUAUCAUUUGAAGUUUUUUUAAUACAUUUUCGGAAACUUUUUGAAAUCA